AUGCCUCUCCCGCUCCGCCGCGUCGUCCCCGUCGACCACCCCGAGCCUCCCCGAGCACGCUGCCUUGUCCCCUACACCCGCAGUGAGCUCCCCCUCCUCCUCUCUCCCUCGCGCGUUCCGGCGCCCUGCUGCCUACCACACCGCGCGCCCGUGCCGUCCCGUGCCCGUGCACGCGUCGUGGCCGCGGCCUCCUUCCCCGCACCGCGCCUGGGCAGCGCGCCCCACCGUCCCGCUCCUCGCGCCACCGCGUUGGCCUCGCCCGCUGACCCCGCGCCUCCGUUGCCGCCUGCUCACCGCGCGGCACUGCUCCGCCCUGCCGCCCGCUUCGCCGCUGCUGCCGCUCCCCGCGCUCGCCUGCGACUACCUGCGCCUCUGCUCGCCGCGGCCGCCUCACUGCACACGCGCCCGUGCACGCCUCCCCACACGUGCGCCCGCUGCACUUCGCGGCCUCGCCCCUGCCCAGCAUCGCCGACCCGCCGCCCUUCACCGGCGCCGUCCGCGGCCGGCUCGUCGUGGCCGCGCUCCGGCGGGCCACUCGCCGGCGCCCCGAUUUUGCCCGUUCGGGCAUGGUGCCCGCCAGCGCCCGCGCGCUAA